CCAUGUCAGUCUGAGCUGCUGGCUGAACUCUUCAGUCCUUUUCUGGCACCAAACGGAUCAAAUCUGGCUGAGAAAACACUACGGGAGAGGCUGACGCAGUCUUAACUUCCCAAAAUCCAUCAUGCAAGCGAAAGGACAACGCUCUCUGUUCCUUAUUUCUCUUCUGUCUUUCCUGGUCCAGUAUAAUCCCUUACUGGCCUUUUCACUCAAAAACUGCACCAUUGUCUACUCUGAAGACGUGACCAUCCUGUGGGUUAAAUGUGACAGCCGUGGCCUCGCUGCUAUUCCCGAUGACAUCCCCAGAAAUGCAACAAUACUCCACCUCGGCUCAAAUCAACUUCUAAAGAUCCCCAGGACAGCUUUAAAACAUCUAUCAAACCUCACCACUUUAAACGCUGAAAUGAAUCAGAUUUCUCACAUUGACGACGGAGCCUUUGCAGAUUUGGGAAAGCUGAGAACUCUUGACAUGGAUUAUAAUCAGCUCACAAGCCUGACAGAUAACAUGUUUGAAGGACUGAGCGAGCUAGUCGAGCUAACUCUGGAUGAUAACAGGAUCUCACAUAUCUCCCCUGCUGCCUUUCAGUCCCUGGUCAGCUUAGAGGUAGUUUGUCUGAAUAAUAACCAGCUAUAUCAAAUUAGAGACAUUGCUCCAAUCGUAAAACUACCAACCAUAAAUGAUUUGCUCCUUGCGAAUAACAACUUCACCUCUUUUCAAUCAGACGACCUGCCCCUGAACGUGUCAAACCUUCAGGUGCUGAAGCUGAGCGGUAACCCCCUGAGAAGGUUCAGCAUCACCGCAGACAUCUUUCCUCGUCUGCGGUCUCUGGACUUUGAGGACUGCAGCAGCGACAUUGAGUGGGACGUAGCGAACAAGACCUUUCUGAGGAGCCUUACUGAAUUGUCCCUUGGUGAUUUUUAUGUUAGCUUUGAAACGUACAGAGCGAUGCUGCAGACCACUGACUCACUACAACAACUUUCCCUGUCUUUAAUUAUAACAGAAAUAGAUGGUCUCAUAGAGGUCGCCUGUCGAAUUCCUUCUCUAAGAAGACUUGAUAUAACAUCUUCCGAAAUUAGCAGUGUAGACGAUAACCUGUUCCGGUCGUGUUCUCAGCUCACAGAACUCGUUUUAUAUUAUACUGGCCUGUCCAAGCUCUCCCAACAUUCACUCAUCUCGAUGACCCGGCUCAGAUCUCUGAGGCUGUUCGGUAACAGACUGCAUCGAGUGCCGAUCGCGCUCCGAGGACUCUCCACGUUGGAAAGGUUGGAUCUGAGUGCCAACGUCAUCAGUGACAUCGACUGCCUCGACUUCCUGAAUUUGACAAGAUUAACAUUCCUUGAUCUCACACAAAACCGCAUAUCAAAUCUUUUAGGAUGUGCUUUUCAAAGCUUGUACAAUUUGAAAUUCCUUCAUCUUGGAGAAAAUGGUUUAUUCACUUUUGACAAUACCUUCAAAGUUAAUCUGAGGAACCUACAAAUCUUGACUUUAGGCAAUAAUGGUUACUUUACUCUCAGGCCAGAAGACUUCAGGAAUCUGUCUUCCCUACAGUAUUUGGAUUUAGAAUCAGACAAACCUUCCACUGUGUACGAGUGGGCUUUUAAAGGGCUUGAUCAUCUUCAAGCUCUUAGUCUUUCUAUCCGUCAUUUAGAAAUCGAGAUCUUCAGAGGACUAACACACUUAGAAAAUCUUACUUUACAUUUUAGCUCGAUAUGGAACCAGAGAAGUUCUCUACAAAAUGAUGAACCACCUUUCUCAAAUUUACCUAACCUAAAGACGCUAAUACUCAGAGUUCAUGACGCAGAUUAUCCAGAUGUUCCACCAGAUCUGCUCAAGGGUCUGAACUCUUUAGAGUACUUCAUGUCUGAGAAAUACUUUUUAAAAUCAUUGGACCAGGACUUAUUUAAACACACUCCCAAACUGAAGAGUCUUCAGAUAAUCCACAGUAAUCUGUCAGAUUUAACCCCCGAAGUGUUCUGGCCGAUCCCAAACCUGCAGAUACUCGAUCUCUCCAACAACAAGUUCAAGUCUUUGGACUUCCUGGCCCGGGCCGGCCUGAAAGCACUCAGCUGGCUGAAACUCAGUGGGAAUGGGUUGUCGGUCAUCAACGAGACGGUCUUCCAAUCCCUCCCGGCCUUGAAAUACCUCGACCUGAACCAUAACUCUCUAACAUGUGAAUGCUCCAAUGCUGGUUUCAUCCAAUGGGUGCAGAGCAACAACCAGACGCAGGUUGUUAACGGCCACCAGUAUACUUGUGCCUUUCCUGUGAGCCAACAGGGAAACAAGUUCCUCGACUUUGACAUCAGCUCCUGUUGGAUAGACGCUAGCUUCCUCUGCUUCAUUUGCAGCUCCAGCCUGGUUGUUCUCACUCUGCUCACAUGCUUCAUAUACCAUUUCUUGAGGUGGCACCUAGCCUACGCCUACUACCUCUUUCUAGCCUUCUUGUACGAUAAGAGGAGGCGACGGAGGGAUACUCCUCACUGCUACGAUGCCUUUGUCUCCUACAAUGUUCACGAUGAGGCCUGGGUCUACCGAGAGAUGCUUCCAGUGCUGGAGGGGGAGCAAGGCUGGAGACUCUGUCUGCACCACAGAGACUUCGAACCAGGUAAACCCAUCGUAGAAAACAUUACGGAGGCGAUCUACGGCAGCAGGAAGACCAUCUGUGUGAUCAGCCGACACUACCUGAGUAGCGAGUGGUGCUCCAGAGAGAUCCAGAUGGCCAGCUUCCGUCUGUUCGAUGAGCAUGAGGAUGUGUUAAUCCUGCUGUUUAUGGAGGACAUCCCGGUCCAUCAGAUGUCCCUGUACCACCGGAUGAGGGGUCUGAUAAAGAGACGCACCUACCUGAGUUGGCCCCAGGCCGGUCAGCACACCGGAGCCUUCUGGCAGAACAUCAGGCGAGCUCUGGAGACGGCUGGACGUCCCGCUGAUCACACACGCCCAAACCUCAUUCAGUGACGAUUCAUUCUGAGGUUUCCUUCAGAACCAGACAAGACAUUUUUGUAGAUCGCAGAUAUACAUUUUAAAAGGGAAUUGAAGGGACUGCUCUUACCUGUAAAGUUCAUUUAUACCUGAACCAGCACUCAGUGAGCUAUUUGUGACCCACCGUUCAGCAGAACGUUCCAAAAAAGCACACGUCAUUAUACAUACACGUACAGUUCACUGUUGUUAAAAAAGGCUGAAAUUUCUGUGAGUUUAGGCUACAAAACCACUGACCUAGGUUUAGCUAAAAAAAAAAAAAUCUGGUUAGAUGUAAUAAAGGACAGUUUAAACAGUAAAUAAAUGUACGUAAAUGACAGAAGUGAAGUAGUUACGAGGGU